AUGUGGCCUGAAGAGACGGCCAAUAGGAUUAUCCCAGAGCCCGCUUCCCGAGUGGAUACGUGCCAGAGCUGGAGGGGGAAGAGGUUUUUCGUCUGGCAUGUUUGGACAUGGAUACAAAGUUUGUGCCCACCGGCUGCCAGUGACGGGGACACGGCAAAGUUUGAGCUUAAAAACACACCUUUUCGUCUGGCCGAAUCGGAGGUCAGACCGACAUUCGCCACUUUUCCCACUCCCCGGCACACUGCACUGUGCGCACAGACAGCAUCUUUGUCUGUUAGUCGCACAACUAACCUCUCAUACAGACACGACUGGAUGGGGCGUCCGACUUUCGCCAUUACAGAUUGGCACUUAAUACCACUCUCGUCUGAGGGCAAAUUCCCACCGUUACACUCCCAGACUCUUUUAACACUGGCGCCGAACCACUUAGGCCAAUUCACGUUGCCAUGA